UUAGGGUUUCUUAAUUAGCUUUGGCAUUUCCUUAAAAAAGUUUCAUCCUUUUGGAUCCUUCUCUUCUCAACACCCUUCGAAAAUUUCUGGGUUUUGGUUUGAUUCCGUGGCUCCAUUUUUACAUUUUGGCGAAUCAUAGACGAAGAUUAGGGAGUGAAGAAUGGAGGAAGGAAGUCUGUGGCAACAAUGGAGUAUGUUUAGAUCUCUGUUAGCGAUUCUUCAAUGGUGGGGUUUUAACGUUACUGUUAUCAUCAUGAACAAAUGGAUCUUUCAGAAGUUGGAUUUCAAGUUUCCGUUCUCGGUUUCAUGUGUUCAUUUCAUAUGUUCAUCGAUUGGAGCUUACAUUGUGAUUAAAGUCUUAAAGCUUAAACCUUUGAUCGUGGUUGAUCCAGAAGAUCGGUGGAAGAGGAUUUUUCCAAUGUCAUUUGUGUUCUGUAUCAACAUUGUGUUGGGAAAUAUCAGUCUUAGAUACAUUCCUGUCUCUUUUAUGCAGACUAUCAAAUCUUUCACUCCCGCAACAACAGUUGUGUUACAGUGGUUGGUAUGGAGGAAAUAUUUUGAUUGGCGUAUUUGGGCGUCGUUGGUGCCUAUUGUUGGUGGGAUUCUUCUGACUUCUAUUACAGAACUUAGCUUUAAUGUGUUUGGAUUUUGUGCUGCUCUGUUUGGAUGUUUAGCUACCUCUACAAAGACCAUUCUUGCUGAGUCUCUUCUUCAUGGAUACAAAUUUGAUAGCAUAAACACGGUAUACUAUAUGGCGCCUUUUGCGACCAUGAUUCUUGGAGUACCAGCAUUUUUACUUGAAGGCAAUGGAAUUUUGGAGUGGUUUGAAGCACAUCCGUCUCCAUGGUCGGCUCUCAUCAUUAUAUUCAGCUCAGGUGUUCUAGCUUUCUGCCUUAACUUCUCCAUCUUCUAUGUCAUCCACUCCACAACAGCAGUCACAUUCAAUGUAGCUGGAAACCUUAAGGUUGCUGUAGCUGUGUUGAUAUCAUGGAUGAUAUUCCGAAACCCGAUAUCACCAAUGAAUGCUGUUGGAUGCGGAAUCACACUAGUGGGAUGCACUUUUUAUGGAUAUGUAAACCACAUGCUUUCUCAGCAACAACCAGGAACUCCCAGGACACCUCGUACUCCUCGUACCCCAAAGAACAAAAUAGAACUGAUUCCUCUUGUUAAUGAUAAACUAGAGAGUAAAGUUUGA